CGAGCCCCUCGGUUAGUCGUUGGUCAGUCUCAGAGGCGAGGCGACGUGUUACCGAAAGACAAAGACAAGCUACUUCGAAAACCCGCUACCAUUAGGGAAUAACCGAAAAUGAUGAAAACUCCAUUGGACCAGAAGCGUCGCGUUUGCGUCAUAGGAGCUGGAACAGCGGGUCUGUGCGCUCUGAAGAACUCCCUGGAAGCGGGCCUGGAUGCGGUGGCCUAUGAGCGGGGAAGCGAAAUCGGGGGCACCUGGAUUUUCUCGGAGGAAAUGCCGAAAGAUGAGUACGACGAGGUGCACAGCAGCAUGUACGAGGGCUUGCGCACCAAUCUGCCCAAGGAGGUCAUGGGCUAUCCGGACUACUCGUACCCCGCCGACAUCGACGAAUCCUUCAUCACCUCCAACCAGGUGCUGGAAUUCCUCCGCUCCUAUGCGGAACACUUCAAGCUGAAGCCGCACAUCAAGCUGCAGCACGAAGUGAUAAGAGUGCGUCCUCGCCUGGACGACUGGGAGGUCUAUGUGUGGGACCACAGCACGGAUACCUGCGACCCGGUCUACUACGACUUUGUGUACGUCUGUAAUGGCCACUACACGGAGCCGGACAUACCGCGGGUGGAGGGGCUGGACCUGUUCCAGGGCAAGAAGAUGCACAGCCACCUGUACCGCAGGGCAGAUAAGUUCAAGGACGAGCGUGUUCUGAUCAUCGGCGCCGGACCCAGCGGCAUGGACAUCACCAACCACGUGCGCGUGUCCGCCAAGGAGGUGUUCCUCAGCCACCACCUGCCCACCACUCCCAACACAGCCUUCAUGGGCAACGUCACACAGAAGCCGGACGUGCAGCGCUUCACCCCCGAGGGGGCCGUCUUCGCAGACGGCAGCUCGGAGAGCUUCGACCAUGUGCUCUUCUGCACCGGCUACAAGUACACAUUCCCCUGUCUCAGCACCGACGUGGGCAUCCAGGUGAUAGACAACUUCGUCCAGCCACUGUGGAAGCACUGCGUGAACAUCAACCACCCGACCAUGGCUUUCGUGGGGCUGCCCUUCAACGUGAUCCCCACCCACAUCUUCGACAUGCAGGUGCGCUUCACGCUGAAGUUCUUCACGGGCCAGCGGGAGUUCCCCUCGCGGGAGCAGAUGAUCGCCGAGCUGGAGCAGGAGAUCGGGGAGCGCUGGGGCUGCGGCGUCCACAACCACAAGAAGGCACAUCAGAUGGGCGAGCGACAGUUUGUCUACUACAAUGAACUGGCGAAUCUCGCGGGCAUUGAAAACAUCAAGCCAGUCAUCCACAAGCUGAUGAAGGACUGCGGCAAGAAGUACAUUUUUGAACUGGACACAUACAGAAGCAACCGCUACACAAUCGUGGACGACGAGAACUUUUUGAAGAACGGAAAAGCUAUCGCAUGAUAACACAUUCGUCCUACAUUUGUAUAAUAUGUUAGUCACUAAGAACGGUUUCCUUGAACGACCCAAAUCGUUUUGAUUUUUAGUCUUUUAAAAAGAAGUUAGAAAAUAUCAGUUCUUGUAUGGAGGGUAAAAUACUCAAUAAACCAUUAACACUUUUGAAAAUACAUCAAAUAGA